CGCAUCUUCCUUUGAGAGCUCCCCACAUUGGGAUUGACACUGUGCCUACAGCAGAGUGACAAGGCUAAUCAUUUGUAUUGGCAAAGUGACCGUGAGGGCGACUCUACCUGCCCAAGGCAGAAGCCGUGCCAACUGCGACUGAUGGCGUCGGAAUAAUAGCUGGCUGCUAACUUACUUUCCAUACUAGUUCAUUUACAGCUCCUCCUUUCUGUCGAGUCACCACCGCCUCACCGCCCAGCCUAGCCAGAACGACGCUUGCACACCAUGAAACCCAUCUAAAAUCGGCCCCCGGAGCUUAAUCAGUCGUUCGAUUUUAUGGGAAUCGGAGCGAUGGAUCACUCAAUCCAACGUUCGCUGAACGAUAAGCUCUACGACCGGAGGAAACAGGGAGCCUUGGAGCUCGAGAAGGUCGUUCGCGAAGCCGCUUUCAGGGGGGAGCACGAGGAGAUCCAGAAGAUUGUCGACCAGCUCUGUCACGAUUAUGCCUACGCCGUGCAUCAGCCUCAUGCCAGGAAUGGCGGCUUGAUCGGCCUCGCGGCCGCUUCGAUAGCGUUGGGAUCCGAAGGUGUUGCACCGUACUUGAAGGAGAUCGUACCGCCGGUGCUCGCGUGCUUUUCCGACCAAGAUGCGCGCGUUCGGUACUAUGCUUGCGAGAGCAUGUACAACAUUGCCAAGGUUGCGAAAGGGGAGAUCCUACUCUUCUUCAACGAGAUCUUCGAUGCGUUGAGCAAACUUGCUUCCGACUCCGAAUUGUCAGUCAAAAACGGCGCAGAACUUCUCGACCGACUUGUCAAGGAUAUCGUUUCCGAAUCGGCGGCCUCUCACGUCUCAGUGCUGCAGCUCACGGAGAAGCAGCAGGCAGAUCCAGAGUCAUUGGAGGAUGCGGAUCUACCGACUGCGUUCUCGCUCCCGAAAUUCAUCCCCUUGCUUAAAGACCGGAUCCACGUCACAAGUCCUUUCACCCGAACAUUUCUGGUUUCGUGGCUCACGCUCCUGGACACGAUACCGGACCUCGAGCUCAUCUCGUUUCUGCCGGACUUCCUCGGAGGGCUGAUCAAAUUCCUCGGGGAUCCGAAUAGAGAUGUCAACGUCGCGACUCAGGCGCUUCUGGAUCGCUUUCUGUCGGAGAUCAAGAGGAUCGCUCGGCUCAAGAAGGGAAUCGAGGAAAGCCGCAAAGACCAAGGGAGCGAAAAUAGACAGUCCACGACGAGUGACGGCCUCAGUGUGACGACGACGACCGAUCAGACUCUGGCUGUCGAGUCAGAGACAAAUGACAACGCGAUAGAAGAUUCUGAGAUAGAUUCCGUGACCGAUGAAGAUGGAUUCAACGCAGACGGAGACUGGAUUCCUGGCCAAGACGUCCAGAUCGAUUAUGCAAGGAUACUGGAAAUCCUCGUGGGAUAUGUUGACACAUCAUUCGUGGAAGAGAUGCAGUUGACGGCCUUGCGUUGGAUCGACAAUUUCUUCGAGAUCAGCCCCGAAGACAUCUUGCCCUUUGUGCCUCGCCUGCUGACCCAAGUGCUCCCGGCGAUGUCCAGCGGCUCGGACCAAGUGCGGCAGGCCGCCAACCGAGUGAAUACAUCUCUGCUGGAAUACAUCGUCACGUUGUCCGAAGACACGUCGGAGGAGACCUCCCGACAGGGGCCAGCGACGACCAAGCCCAGUAACACGAAUAGCAAAGACGUAGUCGUCGAACGACGGUCGUCCACGCCAGGCAGCAGACCCUCCGAAGGCCCGUCCACCGAGACGAGAAAGCAGGCCUCGCCGCCACAACCACAAGAGGUGUCGACCGAGCCGACCCCCAGGAGCAGCAUCAUCUCCACGUCCGUGCCGCCCGCCGAUCUCGACUACGCAGCGGCGGUCAACUCGCUGACGCUGCAGUUCCUGAACGAGAACGAGACCACCCGGGUCGCGGCCCUGUCCUGGCUGAUCAUGCUCCACCGCAAGGCGCCAAAGAAGGUGAUCGCGUUCAACGAUGGCACGUUUCCGGCCUUGCUCAAGACGCUGUCCGACCCCGCGGAGGUGGUGGUGACCAAGGAUCUGCAGCUCCUCUCGCAGAUCUCCCGCAACAGCGAGGACAGCUACUUCAAGUCCUUCAUGGUGAACCUGCUGCAGCUCUUCUCCACCGAUCGGAGUCUGCUGGAGGUGCGCGGGAACCUCAUCAUCCGGCAGCUGUGCAUGAACCUCAGCCCCGAGCGCAUCUACAGGACUCUUGCGGACUGUCUCGAGAAAGAGGAGGACCUCGAGUUCGCUAGCAUCAUGGUCCAGAAUCUCAACAACAACCUUAUCACCGCCCCCGAGCUCUCGGAGCUCCGGAAGCGCCUGAGGAACCUCGACAAUAAGGACGGCCAGGCCUUCUUCGUCGCGCUAUUCAGGUCCUGGUGCCACAACGCGGUCUCGACCUUCUCGCUCUGUCUGCUCGCACAAGCCUACGAGCAAGCAUACAAUCUCCUCCAAGUCUUCGCCGAGCUCGAAAUGACCGUUAACAUGUUAAUCCAAAUCGACAAGCUGGUCCAGCUGCUCGAAUCCCCCGUCUUCACCUACCUCCGUCUCCAACUCCUCGAACCAGAACGAUACCCCUACCUCUACAAAUGCCUAUACGGAGUCCUGAUGCUCCUCCCGCAAAGCUCCGCCUUCGCCGCCCUCAAGAACCGACUCAACAGCGUCAGCAGCAUCGGACUCCUCCACACCGGUCCCCGACUAACCGCCCUCCCCUCCUCCCUACCCACCAACUCGACCUCCACCUACGACCGCCCCACCGGCAGCAGCCGCCUCAAACGCGAAGACUCCUCCAGCUCAACCUACACCACCACCUCCGCUGCGGCAGCAGCAGCAGCAACCUCCUCCUCAUUAUCAUCCAGCACCUCCUCGAUCCGGUGGGUCGAACUCCUCGACAAAUUCAAAUCCGUCCAGGAGAAGGCCCGCCGCGCCCAGCGCGCCUCGCAGCGACCCCUCGACCAGGACGGCGGCGGGCCCUUUGGCGGUGACGGAGGCGGCGGACUCGCCCAACACCCCGUCGGUCUGGUCCACCGCGGGGCCCGCGACCGAAGUACCAUCGCCGCCCUGUUGCCAGAUGUGCCGAGGGGAGGCGCGGCGGGCUUGGGGAUGGGAGGAGCCGGAGCCGGAACCGGGACCGGUGGUGGGGACGGGGCGCGCGCCGGUGGGCCCGAUGCCGGUGGUCAUGGUGGUUCGGCGAAUGCAGGGGCAGGGGCAGGGGCAGGUGCUGGUUCUGGGCCGGGCACUGCUGCGGCAGCUGGGGGCGGCGCGGCCGGUCGAGCCGCGGCCGGGGCCGGGCACAGACAUAAAUCCAGUCUCCCGAACCUGGGUCGUUUGGGGAUCGGGGGUCGCAAGUCGAAACGGUGAUCGUUUGGGCUAUUCUUGUUUUCUGGGCCCCGGAGAAGAUCCGG